AUGGAUACCCAACUCGACGCCAUCACCAUUAGGGGAAUUUUGGUCCCCCUCAAGAAAAACCUCCUCCGGCUUCUGAAGAAGAAGAUCCUGUCCAGGAAGAAUGAGCACUGGCCUACUACCACGCCAGGCCUACUACCAUGCCAGGCCUACUACCACGCUUGCAAGACCGUGCUCGACUAUUUUCAUUUUGCGGCAGGCGGUGCCGCGCCCCUGUCCCUCCUCGAGUGGUCGGGCAAGGAGAGGUCCACGGUCGACGGGCACCAAACAAAAUAUAUGCGCGACAUUAAAGACCAGGUUUCUCGUCAAGACGCACAACUACGAGGCCUCAAAGACGGCCCCAUGUACGAGACGGAAAUGUAUUGGUGUCACCAGCUACUUUUUGCGGGCUGGAAGGCCGAUAUGCCACACGCUGGCAAGUUUCUGGAGUUUACUGAGAAAGACUUCCUAGUAACUUGA